AUGGAGAUCCGCGUGCAGUCAUUGGUGGCGGCGGCGGCGGCGGAGCACGAGCCGAUGGAGCUCGAGGACGAAUCGCACGUGGUCAUUGUCACGCCGGGCCAAGUGAUCACAACUGACACGACCGCGUUCCUCCGCGGCCAUGGCACGUACUUGAGCGCAUCGAAUGAACUCGUGGCCAGCGUGGCAGGUGUUGUCGAGAAAGUGAACCAGCUCAUUACCGUGCGGCCGCUCGUGUCGCGGUACAUUGGCGAAGUUGGCGACCUCGUGGUCGGUCGCGUCACGGACGUGGCAAGUAAACGGUGGAAAGUUGACGUGAACGGUCAGCAAGAUGCGAGUUUACUGCUGAGUGCCGUGACGCUCCCAGGUGGGGACCAGCGACGUCGGACGUAUGCGGAUCAGCUGCAGAUGCGAGGACUGUUCGUUGAAAACGACCUCAUUUCGGCCGAGAUCCAGGAAGUCCGCUACGAUGGAUCGCUGAGUCUACACACGCGCAGUUUGCGCUAUGGCAAACUCGAGAACGGACAGUUCGUGGCUGUUGCAGCGCCGUUGGUGAAGCGGAUGAAACAGCACAUGGUCACCUUGCCUGGUCUAGGGAUUGACGUGAUUCUCGGGACGAACGGCUACGUCUGGGUCUCGAGGAGUAUGGCUGCAAUGGGAGAUGAUCGGGUCAAUGAAGACACGAUAGGGAACGUGGAGACGCGCGUGGAAGUGCUGACAGCCAAGAGGCAACUGCAUGCAGCGACGCCAGUGAGUGUAGAAGACCGUCGAAACAUUGCGCGGGUUGCACAGGCGUUGCUGCGUCUGAAUGAGCAGUUCCGGAUGAUCACUCCGGAGAGUAUCAUGACUACGUAUGAGCUGCUCUUGGUAUCAUCGCAAGGACGGUAA